GGGAUUCCCAGCCUUGAUUGGAAUAGUGGGGACGAUAGGUCGAGCAGUCUCAACAUGAUACUCUUCUUGAUAGCCGUGUUCGGGUUGGCGGCGGGGAACUUGCAGCUAGACGAAGGAGAUCCGUGCACAGCUAAAGACGGUGGCCGAGGCAUCUGUACCUUAUUUAGCAGCUGCACUACCCUCGGAGAUUACACUAAGAACUUCCCCAUAAACUGUGGAUUCAAAGGAAAGGAGGCCAUCGUGUGCUGUCCCAACUACAAUUCAAAAACUUUUAAAAAGAUUGAAGAACUAUGCAGUUGGAUGCAAGAUACAUGCCUAGACAAUUUGGAUCCCACAGUAAAUGUGAUGAAUGGUACAGAGUCAAAACCUAAGGAACACCCAUAUAUGUCUGGAGGGUGCUCUUGAUAGUCUGGAGGGUGCUCUUGAUAGUGUGGAGGGUGCUCUUGAUAGUCUGGAGGGUGCUCUUGAUAGUCUGGAGGGUGCUCUUGAUAGUCUGGAGGGUGCUCUUGAUAGUGUGGAGGGUGCUCUUGAUAGUCUGGAGGGUGCUCUUGAUAGUCUGGAGGGUGCUCUUGAUAGUCUGGAGGGUGCUCUUGAUAGUCUGGAGGGUGCUCUUGAUAGUCUGAAGGGUGCUCUUGAUAGUCUGGAGGGUGCUCUUGAUAGUGUGGAGGGUGCUCUUGAUAGUGUGGAGGGUGCUCUUGAUAGUCUGGAGGGUGCUCUUGAUAAUCUGGAGGGUGCUCUUGAUAGUGUGGAGGGUGCUCUUGAUAGUCUGGAGGGUGCUCUUGAUAGUCUGGAGGGUGCUCUUGAUAGUCUGGAGGGUGCUCUUGAUAGUCUGAAGGGUGCUCUUGAUAGUCUGGAGGGUGCUCUUGAUAGUGUGGAGGGUGCUCUUGAUAGUGUGGAGGGUGCUCUUGAUAGUCUGGAGGGUGCUCUUGAUAGUCUGGAGGGUGCUCUUGAUAGUGUGGAGGGUGCUCUUGAUAGUCUGGAGGGUGCUCUUGAUAGUCUGGAGGGUGCUCUUGAUAGUCUGGAGGGUGCUCUUGAUAGUCUGGAGGGUGCUCUUGAUAGUCUGGAGGGUGCUCUUGAUAGUCUGGAGGGUGCUCUUGAUAGUCUGGAGGGUGCUCUUGAUAGUCUGUAUUGUGCUCUUGAUAGUCUGGAGGGUGCUCUUGAUAGUCUGUAUUGUGCUCUUGAUAGUCGGUAUUGUGCUCUUGAUAGUCUGUAUUGUGCUCUUGAUAGUCUGGAGGGUGCUCUUGAUAGUCUGUAUUGUGCUCUUGAUAGUCUGGAGGGUGCUCUUGAUAGUCUGUAUUGUGCUCUUGAUAGUCUGUAUUGUGCUCUUGAUAGUCUGUAUUGUGCUCUUGAUAGUCUGUAUUGUGCUCUUGAUAGUCUGUAUUGUGCUCUUGAUAGUCUGUAUUGUGCUCUUGAUAGUCUGUAUUGUGCUCUUGAUAGUCUGGAGGGUGCUCUUGAUAGUCUGUAUUGUGCUCUUGAUAGUCUGUAUUGUGUUCUUGAUAGUCUGGAGGGUGCUCUUGAUAGUCUGUAUUGUGCUCUUGAUAGUCUGUAUUGUGCUCUUGAUAGUCUGGAGGGUGCUCUUGAUAGUCUGUAUUGUGCUCUUGAUAGUCUGGAGGGUGCUCUUGAUAGUCUGUAUUGUGCUCUUGAUAGUCUGUAUUGUGUUCUUGAUAGUCUGGAGGGUGCUCUUGAUAGUCUGUAUUGUGCUCUUGAUAGUCUGUAUUGUGCUCUUGAUAGUCUGGAGGGUGCUCUUGAUAGUCUAGGUCCUGCCAAAUGGGCCAGGCUAGGAGAAUUGGUCAUUAGUUCCACAUCGGAUGACGCAAGACCAAUCGACAAGUCCAUCACCGAUAGAAUCCGAUACCCGAAAUACAAACCAAGCCAGAACUAUCAUGACAUCGCCCUCUUCAAAUUGAAUAGUGAUGUCGUUUUCAAUAGUUAUAUAUCGCCGAUAUGUCUCAAAAUUAAGCGACAGACAGCCACGAAGUAUUCUACUGUCGUGGGCUGGGGAACUUUCAAUAAGAGCAGUAAUGCCACUAGUGACAAGCUUCUUGAAGCGAAUUUAGAAAUCUAUAAUGACACAGAGUGUAAUAGGCUUGUCUUCGCCCCCUACAAUUCCAUCUCGACGCCUCGAGGCCAUGAUAGCAAUACGAUGGUUUGCGCUGGAAAGCCAGAUGGAAGCAAGGAUACCUGCGAAGUCAUUACUCAUGAGGCUGGACAACCUUAUCUUGGAAUUCCCUCGAGUUCAAAAGUUCCUCUUUCGAACUUCUCGUAUUACCUGACAUUGUCUCACGGUUUGGACAAUCCUCUCCACACACAGGCAGCAUUUCCUCAAAACACUGAUCCAUACUUAAUCCACAUUGCAAAUUUGUAG